GCGGCUACGCACACCCAUCCGAGGCCACAGCUGACCACAGUUGCGUAGUGAAAGAAUAGCAUAUCCAAGCCUGCAGACAAACGUUGAAGUUUGACCUUGUGAGGUCAACCAGCCCACCGACACAGGGACCGCAUGACACGGAGACGACGAAUGAUCCCGACGUGCUCCCCACCCCACUGAACUGAAGCUAAUUCAAUCGUGCUUAGAUUUGUGCUCAUGAAGAACAGAAGUACACAACUCCUGCAAGUUCACUUCUGCAAGACUGCAGGUGCCAUGGGUUCAUUCCAGAAAUACGCGUCGUUCCAUGCGUCCUUCAAGAGAGGAGCUCGUGUAGCAGACGACGAAGAACAGGGGGAGAAAGCCUCCGUUGAUGCGGGGAGAGCCGGUCGGUUCGGCCGUGGAUCCCGCGUGGGCUCAUCGGUCACCGAAAUCUCGAGCAACGCGUCGUCGAUCAACUACCGGAGGUCGCCGCCACGGCAGGACAGGUUCGGUGCCGAGAGCUUCUGGUGCGGCGCCUUCUGCAUGCACCUGCCCGGCCUGGCGUCCAGGCGCCGAGCAACGAUGCAGCAGCAGCAGCAGUCCAUGAGCCUGAGCGAGCCGGACGCACGGGCGAGCAGUACGGCAGCCGAGGAGGUUACCGCUCUUACUCGGGCCAGCGUGGUGUCCAAGGCGGCCUCCAUGGAGAGAUUCAAGCACAGCUCCUCGUCUUCCGGCGUGGCGUUCGACCGCGCCUUGGACGGAGAAGAAGAGGAGGAGGAGGAAGUGUCGGCCUACUUCGACCUGCCGCUUGAGCUGCUCCGCAGCAGCAGCGUCGACAUGGAGUCGCCGGUCACGGCGGCGUUUGUCUUCGACAGCGGCCGGUGUGGCCAGGGGCUGCUGAAGAAGAGCGUGAUGCCUGAUCAGCUGCCGAACCUCGACUUUAGUUUCGAAUUCCCGGCGCCGCCUGCUUUCACGACCCCGUCGUGGCCACGGUCCUGAGAAGAGAGUCUCUGUCCAGACAACUUUUGAGCUCAAGUACGCUCGAGUUUCUGCCACUUCUGGCACACUGGUGGAUGUAUAUUGUGCUUGCCUUUUCUCUUCUUCUAUGUUGCAUUUGUUGGUUUGUACACAUUUUCGAUCAUUGAAGCGGGCAAAAUUGUUGUAAUU